AAUUCUAAAAAUAUCAUUUCAACUUCAGUGUCGCCUAGCGAGAGGGUGUCCUGAGUCGCGGGCACACUUAAGUUCUUGGCCAACUUCAGAGGACAAGUGAAUGAGGUAAUCCAACUGAACAAACUAACAUUUCGGAGAAGGAGAGACUUUGAAAAAAGAAAUACAAAAAAUGACAACAAAUGGGACUAAGAACCAAAAGAAGAAAAACGCCUACGCGGCGGUGAAGGCCGAUCCAGAUGACGAAUACGCAACACCGGGGGCCUUCGAGCUGGAGCGGCUCUUCUGGCACGGGACCGUCAAAUUCACACACGUCAACGAAGUGUGGCCCAACCUGUACAUCGGCGAUGAAAAGACCGCGUUAGAUCGCUAUAAUCUGGAGAAGAUGGGCAUGACGCACAUUCUGAAUGCUGCAGAUGGCAAGUGGAAUGUUGGCACCGGACCAGAGUACUACAGCGACAUGAACAUCGAGUAUUAUGGGGUGGAAGCAGAAGACCUGCCCAGCUUCGAUCUCAGCCAGUUUUUCUAUCCAGCUGCAAAGUUCAUUGACAACACCCUGAACAACCCUGAAAAUAAACUUUUGGUACACUGCGCUAUGGGAAGAAGUCGCUCGGCCUCUCUAGUUCUGGCUUACCUGAUGAUCUACAAGAACAUGAAUGUCGUAGAAGCAAUUCAUCAAGUGCUUAAAAACCGAGCCAUACUGCCCAACCGUGGCUUCCUGAAGCAGCUCAGACAGCUCGACAUAAACCUCAUUCUAGAAAGGAAGAAUGCAAAGAAUGAGAACAGUUCCAAUGGCGUAGACCACGAGGAGAACAAAGUGAUCAGUUAACAUUUUUGUGGAAUGAAAAGGAAUUUAGAACCACUUACCAUGGAUUUCCAGCAUAUUACUGAAUUACUUCAUAAAUAUAUAGGGGUUAAAGGGAUUGAUUGCUGUCAACCAAAAAGUGUAAAUCGUUGAGCCGAAUACCACAAAGUCUGGAGCGGAUCUUUUACUUGUGGCGUUUCCUUCUUAAAAACACACCACAAACACGCUUACCUGCACCACUCGGCGUGUGCCGUUUGUGUUUACAGUCGCUCAGCAGUCUCCACUUUUCAACGAACAUCACUGAUGGUUAUUAAAAAACCACAAUGCCUUACAAUUCGGCUUUGAUCAGUUAACAUGAAACCCUUCAUUCCUCAUUAAGUUUAACGCUGACCAAAAUACUUUCACAACUUCUGUAAAAGUACCAAGACUGCAGCCUGGCACACCUAAUGGCUCCGACGCCGAGAAUCAAAGUCUCCGAGCCGUCUUUUGAUUUCCUAGCUUUCAGCCACGGCGGCCCAGUCCCGAUAUACAAUACAUUUAAAAAGGCAGACCAGAUUCACAUUCAUGUCACUGUUAGUAGAUCAUCCUAACAUAAGGAUUAUGGAUGGUGAGCCAAAAGAACGCGAUUUGUCCCAUGUCAUGUUAGAAAUAUGCUGAAGAUUUCUGUAGAAUUGUUUCAUUUUUGCAGUUUUAACUGGGAAGUCCGUUUGCCGUAAGACUCACUGCAAGACUUACAGGGGGACUGACUUGUGUGCCGACAGCUGGUUGCUCGGGUAGGACGCUUUAAAUAAGCUCAUUACCGAGUACUCGGCCCCUUUAACUGGUGCAACCUAAUAACCGAACUGAAUUGCCAUUUCUAGUAAGACUGUUGUAAAAAUAACGUUGACAAAUAAAGUGAAGAAAACCCUUAGAACGAUUAAAAAUCGAACAUCUUAUGGCCAAAUUUAAAAUACAGCAGAGACAACUUUAGGAUUUGUGUUUUAAUUUAAAUUUGAGUUUUUAUUCUAGCAGUUUUAAUAACGGAAGAGUACCUCAUAAAAUAAUUGAAUAUGAAAACUGACACGGUAAAAGAAUAAAUAAAUAAAUAAAAUUCCAUGGCACAAAAGCUCAUCUGACAGACUGUUCCACGUUUUGGAUUAAGAAGUAGAAGUGCAGACCUUUAGUCUCAAGGCUGAACAAGAAUACACACUUGAGCAUCACUGAACAGCCGCCUCGAGUACGGGGUACACGCUGGUCACAGAGAACGGGAGCCCAGCACAGGAAGACUGGGCAUCUGACUGGCACCAAGUUAUGCUUUCAAAGCCUCACAUCUCAGACAGACAGACAGCCGCGCAGUGCGAGUGCCAGCAAUACAAACCGGGGACUACUGGCAAGGGGCACUGCUCGUUUUAGGUUGGUCUCUUCUCCCAACUUGUAUACGCUACUUGUUAAGUUUAUAUGGCAUCUAUUAGAGGUGCGGGGUCAGUCAUUUAGUCAAAAUGUAGAUAAGUUAACAAAAAUAAAAGGUAUGGCGACAAAUGA